GGCGGAACCAGUUGUGUGCCGGGCCUCGGGCCCGCCCAGCGGCAGCCGGAAGUGCUUCAGACCCCGCGCUGUCCGCAGUGGCCGGCAGUCUCCAGGGUUCUUGGACGGUCGGAGCUAUGGCGUCCCGACAUGCGGCGGGCCGCUGUUUGCCUACUCCUCAUCAGGACCCUGCCGUUGGAGGGCGACGACCCCCAUCCCAGCUGGAAAUUCCACUUUGGCUUCUAACCUCUCCUCGCCUGAUGUUCCUGACGUCGUUCUGGACUUCUUUGAUUGCAAAAACUAUGCAAAUGAAAGUGGUCCAGAAGGUUUUGGACAGGAUGCUGAUGGGAUAUGGUAUCCAUCUGACUCCACAUAUUGGAGGUAAAUUCAUGUGUAGACACCUGGGGUUUUUCUGUUGAGGAGAGCUGAAACACAGGAAGGCAGCCCACCACUUCGCAAGCAGAAGCCUUGGGAACUUUGUCCUGUUCAGGUUCAAAGAGGAGCUUUAUUUUCCCUCAAGAAGGAAGGGGCAGUGAGAAGAGGAGGAGGAGGAGCGAGGGAAAGCUAGCAAAGCAGCUUCCCUCUGGGCAAGAGAACUGGAAGCCACAGUGUUGUGAAAAGCAGCUGCCUGAGGGCGUCGCCCAGCCCAGCACCUCCUAUGACACAGGCACUCCCAUAUCGUGGAGUGAAGGAAUAAAUGAGACAUUUUUUAUUCUUCCUCCCUUCGCCUUUCCUUUGAACCCUGAACCUGUGAUAGACACUAGGGAGAGAGAGACGUUGGAGCAGUGAAGUUCAAAGAGGAAGGGAAGUGGUUACCCGCACAACUUUUCUUGCCUUCCUGAGCUCAUCAGAGAGGACAGUGGUAGGUUAUGGAGCUGAGGUCAUCACUGCAAAGAUGGGAUUUAGGCACCUUAUCUGGAGGCUUCUUGUCUUAGUUCUGGCCACUAUAGCAAAUAUCCCAUAGACUGAGUGGCAACAACAGAAAUUUAUUUCUUAUCUUCUGGAGGCUGGGAAGUCCAAAACCAAGGUGCUGGGCAUUUUGGUUUCCGGUGAGAGCGCUCUUCCUGGCUUGCUGAUGACUGCCUUCUGGCUGUGUGCUCACACUGUGGAAAGAGAGAGAGUUCUGGCAUCUCUUCCUCUUCUUGUAAGGGCACUAAUCCCAUCAUGGGGAGCCCCCCCCCAUGACCUCACCUGAGCCUAAUUACCUCCCAGAUACCAUCACACUGUUAGGCUUUCAACAUGGAUUUUGGAGGGUACACAAACAUGCAGUCCGUAACACAUGUUUUUUUAAUUUAUUUUAGUUUUUGGCUGUGUUUGGUCUUCGUUUCCUGCGCGUGGGCUGUCUGCGGUUGUGGCGAACGGGGGCUACUCUCCAUUGAGGUGCGCGGGCUUCUCACUGCAGUGGCUUCUCUUGUUGCGGAGCCCGGGCUCUAGGCGCAUGGGCUCCGGUAGUUGUGGCACACGGAUUCAGUCGUUGUGGCUCGCGGGCUCUAGAUCACAGGCUCAGUAGUUGUGGUGCACGGGCUUAGUUGCUCCACGGCAUGUGGGACCUUCCCGGACCAGGGCUCAAACCCGUGUCCCCUGCAUUGGCAGGCGGAUUCGUAACCACUGCACCACCAGGGAAGCCCAGUCCGUAACACUUGGAAUUUUCCUGUUAGAGAUGUAUGGAUACUUUAGCUAAGUUUGCACACUGAUCACUGCUAGCAUAUAAGGCGGCCCCUCUGGGCAGAUAAGUAGAACAAGUUUCCCUUCUUCUGGGCUGCAUUUCUGUGCCAGGACACAUGGCUUGAUGAGGGGAAUGUGGACUGCAUUUCAGCUCCCGUUUGCUCUUUUAGCUGGGAGCCCUUGGACAGGGCUCUGUGCUGGCCCUUUAGGGUCCUCAGGAUUCCACCGAAAGGGAUGGAAUUGCCUGAGUGGCACUGAAUGGUCUAGAAUGAGAAGUACGACCCUGGGAUUGGUGGGGUCCCUGGCUCCCCGGCCCUGCUGGGUUUUGUUAACUGUCUUACACAGCUUCCAUUCUCUAAAGGCAUGUGAGGGGUGCAAAAGGUUGUAAUAAAGGACUGUGUUUAUAGGAACCCCUGUCCCUACAUAGCACAUUGCUGGGGCUUGUUCAGAGUAACCCUAAAUGCUGGAGUCUGGGAUUUGCCCUAACACAGAGACCCAUUUACUUCUCAGUUGUCAUUCAGACAAUUAUUCCCAGUAGAACUUUGCUUUCUGAAGCAUUAGGCUUGGAGUAACACAUUUCUGUCUUUGCAGCUCAGCUUCUGGGCAGUUAUCCUUCAGGGAAGCCAGCAGGUUGAAUCACAAGAGUCACACAGGUUUCUAUAGCAGCAGUGUGAUGUAAUACACAGAGAAUAAUAUGGCCUAGCUGUAGAGCUGGUUAAAGACAGCUUUGAGCCAAUAGAAAAUAAAAACUUCUUUGUGCACGGUGCCUUACAGUUCACUAUAUGGACCUGGGGUUCUGAGAAAAAAGGAACACACUCAAACGCAUGCUCACACAUUCACUCACACUUACACAUUAAAUCUGUAACGCAUAUAAGCAUUCUCACACAUUCACUUACACAAACACUCACAUGCUGACCCAUUCACGCACAAAUAUAGUUACACAUGCUCUUAACAUUUUCACAUCAACAUGUUCACACACGUGGACAUGCUCACCCAUUUUUCACACAGGAACAUGCUGGUGCAUUCACACGUAGACUCCUACACUCGCAUUCACUCACACGUGAACAUGCUCGCACACGGACGUACCUGCAUAGCUACUGAAACAAAUGUGCUAAAACGCAUACACACUCACAGAUCACUGACACGUGAACAGGUUCACACGUUCACACAAAUGAACAUGCUCACACGUACGUGCAUAUUAACUCAGUCACACACAGGAAUGUGCUCACACCCUGACAGACACAAUGUCAUCCACUCACAAACUGAUAGUCACUCGCACACAGACAUGCUCACGUACACUCAUACUCACACAUCCACUCACACACAUAAAAUCAUACGUUCAUUCACACUUGCACAUGAACAUACACCUAUCGACUCACAGUCAUUCCCACACGAACACACACAUUCAGUCACCCAUAGGAGCACAUUCUCACACUCCUUCACACGAAUGAGCACAGUCACAUUAACAUGCGUAUAUGCGCAAACAUGCUCACACAUUAACUCACACGUAGAUGCACUCAUGUCCAAUCACAGGACACUCACACUUUCAUGCAAACUAAGAUGUUAACAUUGUCACCAACAUGAACGUGUUCUCACACACAAAACUGCUCCUCCAUUUACUCACACACGAAAAUGUUCAUAUGUUAAUCCACACAUGAAUACAGUCACACAGUCACAUUCUGAAUGUACACAUAUUAACACACAUUUCAGUACAAUUACACAUAUACUAACAUGUUCAUUCCACAGAUACCCAUAUUCACACAUUCACUGAAUGAACAUAUUCACACUUUAACAUACUCAAACACAGAAAACCUUACACACUUAUUGACACAAAGGAAAAUGUUCACAUAAAUGCACAUCCUUAUAUUCGAUCACACACACAAAGCUGCUCAGACACUCAUGAGCACAAGCAGACAUUAACAUGAUCAAACAAACAUAUUGACAUAUUCACUCACAUGAACUUGCUCAGAGAUUAAUUCGCAUAUACAGACACACCCCACAUACACUUACAACUUCACUUAAAAUUAUACAUCGUGCUCACAUACAUAAACUUGCUUACACAUUCAGUUGCACACAGGAAAAAUAAUUAUACAUCAAUACCUUCACACACACCAGCUUUUUCAUACCUUAAUUAGUUCAUGUGAAUAUGCUCCCUUACAUGCACAUGCUCACACACCUAGAUAUGAAUGAGCACACAAAUUCAUUUAAACACACACAAAAACUUUCACACUUGCACAUUAACAUGCCCAAAACACAAACGUGUUCAGACUUUCAUUUACAUAUGUUCAUGCUCAAACACACAAGUAUAUUCAGACAUUCACCCACACAUAAACAUACCUAAACAUUAACAUUCCCAGACACACAAACGUGCUCACGUUAUCUCACUAACAAGUGGACACUCCCACUUUCACUCACAUUCGCACAUAAACACACACACACAUUCUCAUGGACUUACAUACGGACAUGACUGCACACUCACACACAGUCACUCCCUACGGGCACUCACACACAUUCACACAUGGACAUGCUUUCACCUUUAUUUAAAAAAUAACAUUCACACAUACACAUCACUCAUGCAUGAACAAGUUCACACACAUGAACACGUUCACAUAUUCACACAGCUACGUGCUCAUAAACACACAUGCUCUCAUGUUUAUUUAAAAAACAGCAUUCACGCACACCCCAAAAACACUCAUGCACAGACAUGGACAUGAUCAGACUUUCACAUAUAGACAGGAUCAUAUUCACACACACAAUCUCUCACAUUCAAACUCACAUACACUCACAUACUCACAGUUGCACAUAGACAUGCUCACAUUAUCACUUCCACACAAAUGAAUGCACUUUUAAUCACAAACAUAAUCACAUUGACUCACAGAAAAGAAUACACACAUUAACAUGCCCCUACACAAAAGUAUGUUUACAUAUUCAUUAACACACACAUGUUCCUGUAUUCACUUAAACUUGCAUUUAAUAAUAUGCCCCAUAUAUAUGUGUGUGUGUGUGUGUGUGUGUGUGUGUAUAUAUAUAUAUAUAUAUGCUCAUGCAUUUACUGACAUAAACAUUUUUGUACAUUUACUCCGACACAAAUGUACAAAAAGACAAAUACAAAGCAUGCAUUCACUCACAUUCCUGAACAUACCUGAUAUGCUUCUACAUUCAUUCAAACACGGGAACAUGAUCACAUGUAUAUACUUACACAGUCAUUUGCACACAAACAUGAACAUGUUCACAUAUGCACACAGUGAACCUGCUCAUAAACUCACAGGUACCCUCAUUAACACAGUCAUGUACAUGCAUCUGAUCAACAUUCUCACAUACACAUACACUCAUGCAUUGACUCAGAAAUAGAUGCACACAUUAACAAGCUCACAAAAAUGAAUACGGUUACACAUUCACUCACAGAUGAACAUGCUACCAUCAUGCACAUGCUUACAAAUUCACUCAUACACGUGAACACACAGAAACACACAUUACCACACUGACAUGUGAACAGGCUCCAUUCACUCUUAAACACAGACAUGAUCACAUACAUCCACAAGUUACACAUUCACUCAUAUGAACGUGCUCACAGACUUACUCCCAUUCCUAGAUAGACUGACAUAUGCACACAUUCGUUCCAAUACAAAUAUACUCAAUUUAACGUGGUUAUGCAUUCACUCACCCACCUGAAUAUGCCUCACGUAUAUGGUGUCACUCAUACAUUUACUUACGUGCAUCAGCCUACUCAUCCUUAACAUGUUCACACCCUCACAUGCACAAACACUAACCUGUUAAAAUGUCCAAAUUCUUUUUUUCUCUCUCUACUGGUAGGUUUUUUACUAUUGCUGACAUAUUAACUAUACAGUUUUUAAUGACUCUGCCCCUAUUGGCACCAGCCACCUCCAGAUGGAAAUCAGGGAACAAUUCACCCUGUGCAGCAGAGUGCCUCUAUAUGGGGACAUUUUAGUUUUGCUGGCAGUGGUAAAAUUAAAAGUAUCGGAUAUGCUUGGACUUAAAGGGUAAUUGGGGACUCCAACGUCCUGGAAGGAAAGGGGGGAAGGUCUCAAACUCUAGAAGCUGGGUCUUGAAACUUCAUUGAAUCGCAGGCAUGUCAAUCCUCGCCUUUCAGCCAAUGAGUUUAGAGCUCCCUAUGCGGGGUGGGGGGAGGGAUGGGGGGGAAGCAGUUCUCUGUUUACCCUUCGAAGUUGUGGCUCCCGUCAACUGCCUAUCAGAUUCUUUCCCGCCUUGUCCAACGGCCUCCCAGGCACAGUUAUGGUUGGCUGCUCCUCGGGCCCCUCCCCCCGACCCUUCCUGUCACGAGUCCUCCAAAGGCCACCAUCACAGACUGUUCCGCUGUCUGCCGCCAUCUUCUCUCCUCCCACCACCCCCACCCCCUUCACCCGCCCCGUCCCAGCAGGCUCUGCUGCCAGCAGCGACGCUUAGCUCGGCAGCAGCCAUUUUUGCCAACUAGGUCUAGCAGCCGGAUCGCUUCUCUGGUUGAGGCACGGACUGGUGCAUCUUUCCUGCCAUCUCUGCCACAGAAAUGCAGGGCUCAGCCACAGGUGGUCAGAACAGAGCAGGCAGUGGCAUGGCCAGCAUCCCUGGCCCAGUCCCAGGAGGAGCGGUGCGGGAAGAACGGCGUGGCAGGGGUCGCAGUGUCGCCGCCCAUAGGGAUUUACAGGCGGUAGUGCGAGCCCUUUGGGAAGAGCAGGGCGCCCAGCCCAUAGUCCAGGAGGACUGGGGUGUAAAGCUGGUAGAAGAGCAGGAAGAGGCAGAAGAGGAGGAGGAGGAAGUGGAGGAGGCUGAAGAGGACGAGGAGAAGAAAGAAGAGGCGGAGGAGGGAGACAGAGACAAGGAAGAGGACAAGAAUUAUGUGGACAAAGAGGAGGAGGAGGAGGACGAUCCUCCCGAGGGCAGAGAACUAGAUUCUGCUGCUGAUGUUAAAUCGGGAAAUGUUGUCCACCACCUUGUGAUGCCAAAGUCCGUAUCAUUCGACACUAAAGAAGAGAGUGAACAUCGGUAUGAAAAUGCUGAUGAAGAGGAAGAGGAUGGAAAUGAGAAACCAGAAGAAGGACCCAAGCUGGAUAUGGUCUCAGCAGAGGGCAGCUCUGGAGAAUACAGUUGGAAGGCAUAAAAAGAAGUGGACAGCGAAAGAAAAGAAGAAUUUGUUCUUCACGGAUAUUCUAGUUUUCAUUAGCCCACAAUACAAAUGUUGUUUCAAAAUUCAACAUCCCAAAAUGAUAUUAACUGACAUCUGACUUUAUUCUUACCGUUGACAGAUAAAUUUGACAGUAUUGUUCACAUUGAAAAUAAAAGCUUGUUUGACAUGAAUAA